AUGGAAAAGUAUUACACCUUAGCCGAGGGUUGCCCUUUUGCAAGCAACAGCACCGCUGUUCUAUUGAGAAACAAGGCAGGCGGUGGAUUGGGAUUGCUUCAAGAUACUCAGCUCAUCGAGACACUUGCCCAUUUCUCGCGAGAAAGAAUCCCAGAGCGGGUCGUCCAUGCCAAAGCUGUUGGAGCCUACGGUGAAUUCGAAGCCACCCGUGAUUGCAGCGAUUUCACUUCCGCUAGUUUCUUGAACAAAGCCGGGAAAAAAACACCGGUGCUUCUACGAGUGUCGACUGUUGGACCGGAGGCAGGAUCUGCUGAUACGGCGCGUGAUGUUCAUGGCUGGGCAAUGAAACUCUACACCGACGAAGGCAAUUUGGACUGGGUUUUCAACAAUACACCCAUUUUCUUCAUUCGUGACCCGAUCAAGUUUCCGUCUCUGAAUCGAUCUCAUAAGAGGCAUCCUCAGACCCAUCUUCCUGAUGCGAACAUGUUCUGGGAUCUAACCCAUUUCAGCUUUCAUGUCGGCAACCCAGAAGGCAUACAUGAGCUACUACAUCUCUUUAGCGAUCGCGGCACUCCACAAUCGAUUCGCCACAUGAAUGCAUACAGUGGACACACUUACAAGUUCACCAAGCCAGACGGCUCUUUCAAAUACGCAAAAAUCCACAUCAAAACAGAACUUGGAGUGAAAAACUUCACCAGGGAAGAGGCAACCAAAGUCUCCGGAGAAAACCCCGAUCAUUUGAUUCAGGACAUGUUCGAGGCUAUCGAAAAGGGCGACUAUCCUGUGUGGAAUGUUUAUGUCCAACUUAUGAGUCCCGAACAGGCGGAGAACUAUCGUUGGAAUAUCUUUGAUAUGACCAAGGUUUGGUCUCACAAAGAUUUCCCGUUGCAGCAGAUUGGACGUUUGACCAUGAACCGCAAUGCAAGUCCCCUCACUAAUCUUUAUGAAUUGGGUUCAUUGCAUUCUGACAAAUAUGAGCAGCCACGGAAUUAUUUCACGGAUAUCGAACAGGCUGCGUUUUCUCCGUCCACGAUGGUGCCGGGUUUUUCAUCAUCGGCUGAUCCAGUUCUACAAGCUCGGCUGUUUGCGUAUCCUGAUGCCGCACGAUACCGGCUAGGCGUCAAUUACCAGCAGCUUCCCACAAAUGCCGCAAAGGCCCCUGUGUAUUGUCCUUUCCAGAGGGAUGGAAAGAUGAGGUUCGAUGACAACUAUGGCGCUGACCCCAAUUAUGUGGGCUCUUCCCUUCAACCGACCAAAUUCUACCCAGAAGUGAAAGGAACGAAUCCUUCUGCAUUGAGCCUACACACUGACCACGAAAAGUGGGUGGGAGAGGUUCUGAAUUAUACAAGCCACAUCACAGAUGAGGAUUUUGUUCAGCCUGCCGCAUUGUGGGAGGUCAUCGGGCGGGAACCUGGCCACCAAGACAGACUCGUUGGGAAUGUAGCCGCCCACCUCAAGGGCGUCAAAAGCGCUGAGUUGCGCCAGGCAGUUUAUCGUCUUUUCGCACGCGUCAACCAAAGUCUCGGAUCAAAGGUGCAACAACAGACAGAGACAGCAAUCAAUGCCUCUUGA